CCUCGAUUAGUUGCCUGUCAAAACCAAAGUCCGUGAAUGUAAACAGUGAUUUUUUGUCAAAAAAUAAUCGUUUAUUGCUAAUCAUAUUUAAGAUAAGAUUUAGCAUUCUUGAGUAACGUUUUGUGACAUCAUUCUAAAGUGUGCUCAGUUUGUUUUUUUCCGGGAAGUUCUAUUGUUGCGCAUUAAAAUGGUCAAUUCUACGCCCGUCGAAGUUUCUCUAAACGAAUGCGUAGAUUUGAGCAAAGUACCAUUAGGUGCAUUGAAUUACAAAACGUAUGAACUGCUGUCGGCAUUGCUAAAUAGAAAGAAAAUAUUUAAAUCAGAGGACGGCUAUUAUCGUGAUUGGCGAGGGUUGUUUCAAGUACUCAAAUUGGAUAACUAUCUGGUAGCAGAGCUGGAAAACCAUAACAAUCCAACGAAAAGAGUUUUGGAUCUUUGGGAGAACUCAUUGAAAGGAGCUAAUCUUAAGGACCUUCAAAAUGUGCUUGGCUUAAUCGACAGAUGGGAUGUUUUGGACGAUAGCAAUAAGUUAUUUUAUGACGACGCAGAAAAGUUUCUUUCCAAAACCGCUAAACAGGUCAGUACAGAUCAAUUAGAGGAAACGAGCAUUGGAGCGGAUGAAGACAUUAUUACAAAAGAUGAUACUCGACAAAAUAAGCAGUUUUACGAUGCGUUCAUUUUGUUUGCUGAUGCUGACAUUGAAUUUGCUACAAAAAUCAUGGAGCGCAUGGAGGAGAGAAAAUUGAAGAUUUGUAUAAAGGAUCGAGAUCUUCUUGCCGGUAUUACUUUUGAGCACGAAGCUAUCAUUAAGCUGAUUUCUGAGCGGUGCCGGCGAUUGGUGGUUGUUAUUUCCAGAGAAUUCUUGAAAAGUCCGUUGAACAAUUUCUUUGUUAUGUACGCUCAAGCCUUGCAAAUUGAACAAAAGAAACGUAAAAUUAUUCCUUGUGUGUACGAGCGAUUGGAGCUUCCUGCAAACCUAAAGUUUUAUUUCAUUUUGGACUACAAGCGCUCGAACAAGCUGUACAAUUUUUGGGACAAGCUGGAAGAUGCCAUAAAAGUUCGAACAGAUUCCCCGGUGACUGAAAUUAAGAAUCAAUCAAAAGCAAUAGAAACUGUAAGCAUUCCAAAAAUAACAGUUGAAGAUGCAAACGAAUCAUCGGCAGAUAAAGUUGAUCGAACGCAAACCAAACCAGAACAACUCACAACUGGUACAUCCCAUUCAGUUUCUCAGCCCAUCAAGAAAUCACUAUCAUCGUGGGAUGUUAGCAAUGCGCUCAACCGUGUACUAACAAGUAAGUCUAAGAAUGCAUCUUCGAGUACAUCAGAACUUCCAACCGGUGCCGAGAACAGUGAUCAGGAAUUGAAAAAAGUAAAGUGGUAUUCCAAGCUGGGUUUAUCGUCCAGUAAGUCCAGCUUGGAUGGCACCGGCGAAAAAUCUGAGAAGAAAAAGACGAAGUGGUACAAAACAAGCAAAAAGAUUGCAACUGCUAUGUGAUAUAUGAAAUAGCGUGCCCUGACUAUUUUUUAAAGUUACGAAAUGUCGUAAGUUGUUAAAUGUUAAAUAAUCAAAUUAUGUAUAUUUUUUAUUUUUUUUAUGCUCAAAUACACAAUAUUAAUAACUUAAAAA